AGUCGAGGACGCUUCGCUCGAGAAGUACUAGAAGCAUCUGUCUCCAGAAAUCGCGGCACUCAAGUCUAACGACAAGCAACCAUCUAGGACACCAUGCCAAUGGAGGCCAACUGGUCAUCGACGCACUAUUCUCCCAUCAACGACGGUGACAUCUCCGGGUCCAUGUCCAACACUCAUCCGGACAUCUCCGGUGUUCAAGAAACUGUUGAUUACGAUGGCAGCGGGAUGGACCUGGAACUAGUCCCGUACACGCAACCAGACUCUGGACACACCGGCCAAACGCUGUAUUCUACCAAUCAUUACGCCGGUCCACCACUCGACAUGCCCCCCACGGGGGUAUACCCGUAUAUCUUUCCAACCCCAGAACAAUCUAUACCGGGAGGAUCCGAUUAUGGGUGGUUCCCUACAAGGUCUUUUCCGGGAGUCAACUACAUGGAAGGCGUGGAAAGCACCCAGAACACUGGGAUGAUGUACAGCGCAAACCCAGAGCGGAGCUUUGAUGUCAUGAACUAUGAUAAUAACCACAAUUUCCACCGCUCCGUAGUGUUGCCACCAAGCUCCUUCAACAGGAACUUUCCUGGCGUCCAUGGCAUGGAUUCCAUGGUCCUCGAAGGGACCCCGAUGCAUGACUAUGCCGAUAUCCAUGCGCAAUCCCACAAUUUCGGCCUCAGCCUGGACCUCGACCCGACUCUGACGAUACCGACGAGCACGAUGCCCAACAGCAUACCUCUGCUGAGUCCAGCUCUCUCUCCUUUAACACCCGCGGAGCCCACCAUUGCCACCGCUACCCCCACGACGGUAGCCGACUACGAUCACAACUACGGCCAUGGCUACGACCCUGACUACGAUCCCAGUUACGAUACCCCAGCCCCAGACCUCCCAGAACAAGAAAUGAACACAACCGUAAGAAGAAGCAGAAGCAGAGAGAGGAACCGAAGAAGGGUCUACAGGACCUCCUACGACCAUCACCCCUCCCACCGCUACACCUGUCACCCUUGCCGUUUCUCCACCGACGUUAGGAGGGACUUUGCUCGUCAUGAAGAUACUAGCAAGCAUAAGAAGAAGGUAGUUACAACAGGGAAAACAAGAGGAGGAACAGCAGGAGGAGAUACGGCGCGCACGAGGACAACGGCAAGAGGGGGAUGGGGAGGGAAUACGACGGAUGCGAGAAAUGCCAGAAGGGCCGGAAGGGAUAGGAGUGUAAGAGAUCAGGUCCAAGAGAGUGUGUGAAAGGGGUCGCCCACCGUGGAGGUACCUUACGUUCAAGGAAAGGCUGGACCCAAGUACAAGUGUUGCGGUACGCAUCACUG